AUGAUUGUUGAACUUCACUCAGAUGUGUUGUUACACGUAUCCGAUUUAUUUGCACGAGGAGUAAAGAACAAAUUUGGAUUGUUAUUAGGAUAUGGUUUAGAUGACAGAUUGGUUGUCGUGAAGCCCAUUGAACUUGCACAAGUGGAUCCGCAGUAUUUGGAGAAACGAUAUAGUUUGUUUAAAGAUGUUUAUCCCAAUCUCUCCCUCGUGGGGGUUUAUGAAAUUGGAGGGAAUAACCCAGAUAGAGUUAAUAUGCUAGAUAUCUCGUUUGAACCCAGACUAUAUUUAUCAGUUGACGAGAGUAUCCAAUUCAAAAGUUUUGUUGAAGGAAAUUUGGUUAAAACAGUGAUUGAAUCUAGCGAAACAGAGGUUAUAACCACCAAAACUAUUGACUCAAGCAAGGACUACACAAAGGGGAGAUCAAAAGAAGACUUGACAGUUGCCGAGUUUAAUCAGAAUAUGACCAGCACAUUAACAAAGUUGUAUGAGAGGUUGAAUAAGAUAUUGGAGACUGAGGGUAUGGAUAGAGAAAUUGUUGAGAUUGCCAACGCAUUGCGUUGCUACAAACAUGUCAAACAACCAACAGAUACAAAAUUGCAAGUUGCAGAGUUGGCAUUGAUUACAGAACAGAUUGCUGAAUUGGAGAGUGCUAAAAUAGGAAUUGCUAAAAAGAUAUUAGUUAAAGAGCCAGGUCUUGUGUAG